GUUUUUUUUAUUCUCGGUUCGCGAAAUUAGCUUCUUGUAACUGUAUGUUAGGGGAUGCUUCCUUCCACAGACAGCUAGUAAUGGAAGCCAAACCGGCAGUCCCAAUCCGUAUGCAGUCACGUGCGACAAGAAGAAGUAUAUUUUUGCUGCAGAAUUUACGUUGAAUUAUUGCAAAACGUGCGAAGCUUACGAGUAGCGACAGACGACGGAGCUGGAUAGCCCUUAACAGGGCAGCGAGGGCUUGGGAGAAUGCCGCUAGCACCAGAAUGGCAGCAUCCAUAUGUCAACGUGUUCAAAAUCUGCGACGCGGAGAGCAUGAAGGAGGUCGAAACAAAAGGAGAUGUCACGGAGCACAUGGACAAGGUCAUCGGGAAGAAGGUGUUCAAAGUACGGGGUCUCAUCCCGGCUGGGAACUACCUGCGUGUGCCACGCUCUAAGCUGCAGACGUUGGGUCUGACCGGCCGCAUCCUUUACAUCCAACUCAAGGCCACACCCGUUAAAGUGUUUGUAGUCCACAUCGAGGUCGGCACAACAGAUGGGAACGUGCACCGGAUUUCCGUCAGCAACAUGUACGCGCCAGAUG